CUUGCUUACGUAUCUGCAGUUUAAAGGACCUGAGGACUCAGUGACAGCCUGGGAGGAUAUUUUCAAGUUUGGAAUGGUCCCUAUAUAAAUAGAACGGAUGAGCAUAACUUUGGGAUAAAAUUAGCCGGCAGUUUGUGGACGCUCCAGCCUUGCCUGUGUGCUGGGUGCUGCUCUCCUGAUAAAUCAGUGCUCAGCUUCCACAGGACGCAGAGCAUGGACAGCGCCGUCACCCCUCUCAGCAAGGCUGGGGCUGCCAAGUUAGUUAAGAAAAAUUUCCUGGAGGCUCUAAAAUCAAAUGACUUCGCCACACUGGAGGCUAUUUUAAUCCAGAGGCAAAUAGAUGUGGACACAGUGUUUGAAGUCGAAGAUGAGAACAUGGUUUUGGCAUCUUACAAACAAGGCUAUUGGUUGCCCAGUUACAAGUUGAAGUCUUCCUGGGCAACAGGUCUGCACCUCUCAGUCUUGUUUGGUCACGUGGAGUGCCUGAUGGUACUGCUGGACCACAACGCUACCAUCAACUGCCGGCCCAACGGGAAGACCCCUCUGCACGUGGCUUGCGAAAUGGCCAACCUCGACUGCGUGAAGGUUCUCUGUGAUCGUGGCGCGAAGCUCAACUGCUACUCCCUGAGCGGACACACGGCUUUGCACUUCUGCACCACGCCAAGCUCCAUCCUCUGUGCCAAGCAGUUGGUGUGGCGAGGUGCAAAUGUGAACAUGAAAACCAACAACCAGGAUGAGGAGACGCCCCUGCACACUGCUGCCCACUUCGGCCUCUCUGAGCUAGCGGCCUUCUACGUGCAGCACGGGGCCAUCGUAGACAGCAUGAAUGCCCACAUGGAGACCCCACUGGCCAUUGCCACGUACUGGGCCCUGCGCUUCAAGGAGCAGGAAUACAGCAGGGAACACCACCUCAUCUGCCGCAUGCUGCUGGACAACAACGCUGAGGUCAACGCCCGUGAUGAUGACUUCAAGUCCCCUCUGCACAAGGCUGCCUGGAAUUGCGACCAGGUGCUUAUGCACAUGAUGCUGGAGGCGGGCGCUGAGGCCAACCUCAUGGAUAUCAACGGCUGCGCAGCCAUCCAGUACGUGUUGAAGGUCACCUCCGUGCGUCCCGCCGCACAGCCUGAGGUCUGCUACCAGCUGCUGCUGAACCACGGGGCUGCGCGCAUCUACCCCCCACAGUUCCACAAGGUGAUCCAGGCUUGCCAUGCUUGCCCCAAAGCGAUUGAAGUGGUGGUCAACGCCUAUGAGCACAUCAGAUGGAACAUCAAGUGGAGAAGAGCUAUUCCCGACGAUGACCUGGAGAAACACUGGGAUUUUUACCACUCUCUCUUCAAGGUGUGCUGCAACACUCCCAGGACCCUCAUGCACUUGUCGAGGUGUGCCAUUCGCAAAGCGUUACACAACAGAUGCCACAAAGCGAUCCCUCUGCUGUCCCUCCCAUUGUCAUUGAAGAAGUACUUGCUUUUGGAGCCAGAGGGAAUCAUUUAUUAAGUCUUAGGAGACAGCAGUUCCCAGUGCUAGAUAUUUCAGUGGGCUCGCUGGGUAGACGAAGUUUGCGUAUAUAAAAUGAUACUUGGGUUGAUUAUAACACUUUGGGGAUUUCAAAAACGCUUUGCAAACACCAUAUCAUUAAUCUUAGAGUAGCACGGUGAGGGGCAACAAGCAAGUAAAGUUAAAAGAAUUU